AUGGAAGGUGAAUGCUACCACAAGAAUUGCUUUAGGUGUGCUCAUGCAGGGUGCCCUCUCACACAUUCAAACUAUGCUGCACUUGAUGGUGUCCUCUACUGUAGGGUCCAUUUUGCACAACUUUUCAUGGAGAAAGGUAACUAUAGCCAUGUACUCAAAUCUGCACACAAGAGGAAUGGUUCUUCUCCACUUUCUGAAACAACACUUGAAGUUGUUGAAGAGCCUUCACAACCAGCAGAAGCUGAUGAAGCACCUGAAGACCAACCAGCUGAAGAAACCUCUUGA